AUGGACCAGUCCAGUGGUCUACAAUCAGCCCAAGCCAGCUCUCGGUCUGUGGACCAGUCUGGCAUCCAAGCCGGCUCACAAUCUGUUGAACUGUCAGGUAGUCUGCUGUCAGCCCAAACCAGCUCUCAGUCUGUGGACCAAUCUGGCAUCCAAGCCAGCUCACAAUCUGUUGAACUGUCAGGUAGUCUGCUUUCAGCCCAAGCCAGCUCUCAGUCUGGCCUCCAAGAGCCAGCCCAAGCCAGCUCACAGUCUGUGGAUGAGUCUGGCAUCCAAGAACCAACACAAUCUAGCUCAGAGUUUGUUGACCAGUCUGUCACCCAACAACCAGCACAAGCUAGCUCACAGUCUGUUGACCAGUCUGGCAUCCAACAACCAGCACAAGCUAGCUCACAGUCUGUUGACCAGUCUGGCAUCCAACAACCAGCACAAGCUAGCUCACAGUCUGUUGACCAGUCUGGCAUCCAACAACCAGCCCAAUCCAGCUCUCAGUCUGUGGACCAGUCUGGCUUCCAACAACCAGCACAAGCUAGCUCCCAGUCUGUGGACCAGUCUGGCAUCCAACAACCAGCCCAAUCCAGCUCACCGUCUGGCCUGCUGUCAAGCCAGCAACAAGCCAGCAACCAGGUUGUGCCCCAGCUUAGUUUCCAAAAAUCAACACAAACUGGCUCCCAAUCAGUGAAUGGCCCCAGUAGUCUUCAGACAGUACAAGCCCACUACCAGUCUGUGUCCCGGCCCAGUGGUCUGCAGACAGCACAAGCCCACUACCAGUCUGUGUCCCGGCCCAUUGGUCUGCAGACAGCACAAGCCCGCUACCUGUCUUUGUCCCGACCCAGCGGUCUGCAGCCAGUAACAGCUCGCUACCAGUCUCUGUCCCAGCCCAGUGGUCUGCAGUCAGGCCAAGCCAGGUACCAGUCUGUGUCCCAGCCCAGCAGUCUUCAGUCAGCACAAACCUAUUACCAGUCCAGUGGCCUACAGUCCGGCAUCCAACAACCAGCCCAAGGCAGGUACCAGUCUCUGUCCCAGCCCAGCGGUCUGCAGACAGCCCAAGCUGGCUACCAUUCUCUGUCCCAGCCCAGCAGUCUGCAAUCAGGACAAGUCAGCUACCAGUCUGUGUCCCAGCCCAGUGGUCUGCAAUUAGGACAAGCCAGCUACCAGUCUGUGUCCCAGCCGAGUAGCCUGCAGUCAGCCCAAGCCGGUUACCAGUCUCUGUCCCAGCCCAGCGGUCUGCAAUCAGGACAAGUCAGCUACCAGUCUGUGUCCCAGCCCAGCGGUCUGCAGUCAGCCCAAGGAGGAUACCAGUCUGUGUCCCAGCUCAGCGGUCUGCAGUCAGCCCAAGCCAGCUACCAGUCUGUUUCCCAUCCGAGUGGGCUGCAAUCAGGACAAGCCCGCUACCAGUCUGUGUCCCAGCUCAGUGGUCUGCAGUCAGCCCAAGCCAGAUACCAGGCUGUGUCCCAGCCCAGCAGUCUGCAAUCAGGACAAGCCCGCUACCAGUCUGUGUCCCAGCCCAGUGAUCUGCAGUCAGCCCAAGCCAGAUACCAGGCUGUGUCCCAGCCCAGCGGCCUGCAGUCAACCCAAGCCGGCUACCAGGCUGUGUCCCAGCCCAGCAGUCAGCAAUCAGCCCAAGCCCGCUACCAGUCUGUGUCCCAGCUCAGUGGUCUGCAGUCAGCCCAAGCCAGAUACCAGUCUGUGUCCCAGCCCAGCAGUCUGCAAUCAGGACAAGCCCGCUACCAGUCUGUGUCCCAGCCCAGUGGUCUGCAGUCAGCCCAAGCCAGAUACCAGGCUGUGUCCCAGCCCAGCGGCCUGCAGUCAACCCAAGCCGGCUACCAGGCUGUGUCCCAGCCCAGCAGUCAGCAAUCAGUCCAAGCCCGCUACCAGUCUGUGUCCCAGCCCAGCAGUCUGCAAUCAGGACAAGCCCGCUACCAGUCUGUGUCCCAGCCCAGUGAUCUGCAGUCAGCCCAAGCCAGAUACCAGGCUGUGUUCCAGCCCAGCAGCCUGCAGUCAACCCAAGCCGGCUACCCGUCUGUGUCCCAGCCCAGCAGUCAGCAAUCAGGACAAGCCCGCUACCAGUCUGUGUCCCAGCCCAGUGAUCUGCAGUCAGCCCAAGGAGGAUACCAGUCUAUGUCUCAGCCCAGCGGCCUGCAGUCAACCCAAGCCGGCUACCCGUCUGUGUCCCAGCCCAGCAGUCAGCAAUCAGGACAAGCCCGCUACCAGUCUGUGUCCCAGCCCAGCAGUCUGCAAUCAGGACAAGCCAGCUACCAGUCUAUGUCCCAGCUCAGUAGCCCGCAGUCAGCCCAAGUUGGGUACCCAUCUGUUUACCAGCCCAGCGGUCUGCAGUCAGCCCAAGCCAGAUACCAGUCUGUAUCCCAGCCCAGUGGUCUUCAGUCAGCUCAAACCAGCUACCAGUCUGUGUUGCGGCAGUCAAGAUUCCACGUCUCGCCUAAACCAGAGCAGUCAAGUUACACGUCUCUUUCCAGUCUUGGUUCCAAACCUUGGGAGCAACCCAGUAAAAUACCACUUCAAGCUGUGAGUCUGAUGCAGUCUGUCCAAUCUGGCUUUCAAAAUCCAGCACCUCUGCACUCUCAGACUACUCAAAAUAAGCAUUUGUCUCCAGGCAUAUUGAGGUUGUUGCAUCAAGUCAAAUCAUAGCUGCAUUCUCUGCCUUAUUUUCUUGUUUAGUGUUUGCUUUUGUUUUUGAAAAAUAAACAACUUGUAACCUCAAGUGUA